AUGCAGAUUGAUGGAGAAAGCAUUAAGCUUGUUAACUUGACAAAGAAUACUAUCAAAUCUCUUGCAAACUUUCAAGUUUGGUGAAGUUCAUAAAUUUCCCUAAGAAUAGAAAGAGUAGUUUGCAAGACAUGUCAUUAAACCUUUCCCUUCAACUCCAACUUUAACAUAUCUUUUAUACACAUAUAUAUUCUUAUUCUGAUAUCUUAAUAUUUCACACUUCCCUUUUGCAUUCUAAAAUCAGAAAAUGAGUCUCAAAAGCAAUAAUUUGUUAUCUCUUUUGGUUCCCAUUGCUGCAAUUUUUGCAUCUUUGUAUCUCAUCAAUCCAAAUCCACAGUUUUUCACAACUUUGUCUCCAUCAUCUAUUUACUUUGGAAGAGACCACCAUCAUCAUAGGCCACACAGAAAACACCCUGACACCAGAAAUGAUGAAUCUAUUUGCGAUGAUUUUCCACCAGGAAUUCCACCUCCAAACACCAAUACAACUUCUUAUCUUUGUGUUGAUCGAAAAGGGUGUUGUAAUUUCACAACAGUACAACAAGCUGUUAAUGCAGUUCCUGAUUUCACCUUAAAAAGAACCAUAAUAUGGAUAAACAGUGGCUUCUACUAUGAGAAAGUCAUGGUUCCAAAAACCAAACCAAACAUUACAUUUCAAGGACAAAGCUACACUUCAACUGCAAUUGCAUGGAAUGAUACAGCAAAAUCUGCUAAUGGCACAUUCUAUAGUGGUUCUGUACAAGUUUUUGCCUCCAACUUCAUUGCUAAGAACAUAAGCUUCAUGAAUUUAGCACCAAUGCCAGCUCCUGGGGCUGAAGGAGCACAAGCAGUAGCCAUGAGGAUAUCAGGAGAUCAAGCCGAAUUCCGAGGCUGCGGAUUCUUUGGAGCUCAAGACACCCUUCAUGAUGAUAAGGGUCGUCAUUACUUCAAAGAUUGCUAUAUACAAGGAUCCAUUGAUUUCAUCUUUGGCAAUGCAAGGUCACUCUAUGAGAAUUGUCAACUAGUUUCUAUAGCAAAUCCAGUGCCUCCAGGACAAAAGAACAUAAACGGUGCAAUUACUGCUCAUGGUAGAGUUUCAGGAGAUGAAAACACAGGAUAUGUAUUUGUGAACAGUACAAUAGGAGGCAAUGGUAGAAUAUGGUUAGGUAGGGCAUGGAGGCCAUAUUCUCGUGUCAUUUUUGCAUUCACAGUUAUGUCUGACAUUAUUGCCCCUGAAGGUUGGAAUGACUUCAAUGACCCUACAAGAGACCAGACUAUAUUUUAUGGAGAGUAUAACUGCUCUGGGCCAGGGGCUAAUGUGAAUAGCAGGGCCCCUUAUGUACAGAGAUUGAAUGAUACACAAGCUUUUCCAUUCCUCAAUACAAGUUUUAUUGAUGGUGAUCUAUGGUUGGAAACUUAGGAAUAAAACUGUUGAGCUAAUCAUCAUACUCUCCUUGAUCAUUGCUAACUUCUUUUCCAUUUUCAUUUUUUUAAUGUGUAAAAGUUGUAUACAUUAUUAAUCAGAGAGAAGCAUAAUUUUAAAUUGCAUCUUGUUUGAUUAUAUUUUAGGUAUAAGAGAAGUCAAUCAAGUAUGAUAUACAAAUAAAAAUGGAACUGAAUUUCUGGUUCCUCAUAUUAAGAAUUUCAUUAAUUGCUUUUUCACUCAA